AUGCCUUCCCACACUUGGCCCUACACGGAUGAUAAUGGUCAAUCCGAGGAUUUUAAGCCCACAAUGACGGACGGAGUCGUCGAGACUGACUUGCUAAUUGUUGGGGCUGGUCCUGCUGGAGCAGCUCUGGCCUGUUUUCUUGGCUAUCAUGGACUUCGAGGAAUGGUUAUCGCAGCCACUCCUGGUACGGCAGACACUCCUCGUGCCCACGUUAUCAACAUGGCAGCAAUGGAAUGUUUGCGUGAUAUAGGUUUGGAAAAAGAGUGUUUACAAGUUGCUGUCAAGGGUGAUGCGAUGUUACAUACGCGAUGGUGUCGUACUUUAGCUGGUGAGGAGUAUGCAAGAGUUUACUCACUUGGAAAUGACCCGAAUCGCGCUGGUGAUUAUGAUGCCGCAAGUCCAUGCAGCCAUGUUGAUAUUCCUCAGACCGUUCUCGAGCCGAUCUUGAUCAACCGGGCAUCCCACAGUGGAUUUAAUUGUCGGUUUGAUACCACCUUUUUAUCUUUUGAAAAGGAUUCGGCCUCAAAUACAACUAUCAGCAAAAUUCAGGACAAUUUAACGAAACAAAUCUACCACAUUCGGUCUAAAUACUUAUUCGGAUGUGAUGGAGCUCGAAGUCAAGUUUUGAGACAGUUGCAAAUCCCAUUAAUCAAAAAGCCUGGAGGAGGGAUAGCUAUGAACGUACUGGUCAGAGCGGAGUUGGGACACAUCAUGGAGAAUAGAAUGGGAAAUUUGCAUUGUAUUAUGAGGCCAGAUGAAGAUACUCCUGACUAUGGAUGGACUGCUAUUGCCAGAAUGGUGAAACCUUGGAAUGAGUGGAUGUUUAUUCUUUCCCCCUAUCCUGGAAAAGAUGUCAAUCCAUCAGACGAAGAGUAUUUGGAAUGUGUUAAAGAUAUGAUCGGAGAUAAGUCAGUCCCCGUUGAAUUACUCGGAGUCUCGAAAUGGACUAUCAAUGAAACGGUGGCGGAAUACUACUCCGACGGCAAUAUCUUGGAGCGACAGCCGGUCGGACAAUCCAUCGUCACACGAGCUAAUCAAGGGACUCGAGAUCACCUCCCUAUAUGGGAAGCAUUAGGAAUGAUGGACCCAUCUGUCGAAAUUCGCCGAAAACAUUUUGCAGAACUUCGGGAAGCUACACCAGAAGGAGCAGCGCGUCGAGCACGCUUCCAAGCUGGCAUAGAAGGAACAGCGCGUGAAUUUCAUGGGGUAGGUAUUGAGAUGAAUCAACGCUAUGAAUCUUCUGCUGUUUUCACUUCCGACGAAAAGCCAAGACCACCUUUGCCAAUGGAUCCGAUUCUCGAACAUGAGAUUACUACUUAUCCUGGAAGCCGUCUACCACAUGCAUGGUUAAACACCAAGGUUCCAGGGAAACAGUUUUCAACCAUUGAUCUUGCUGGGCAUGGAAAAUUCUCUCUUUUCACGGGAAUUGGAGGGGAGAAAUGGAGAACUUCUGCCAUGAAAGCGGCAGAGAUUCUUGGGCUUGAGAUCAGUGUGCACUCGAUUGGCUGGAGGCAAGAUUAUGAGGACGUAUAUUUUGAUUGGGCAAGACGAAGGGAAGUCAACGAGAGUGGAUGCGUGUUGGUGAGACCUGAUAGAUUUGUCGCUUGGAGAUCUAUGGACAUGAUAGACGUACCAGACGAGAAGUUACUGCUAGUGCUAAAGACUAUUUUGAGUCGCUAG